AUGGCGCUACGUGUUACUGGCAUUAACAGUGGUUGCGUUCGCGGCUGCACGCAGGUUGUGUUUCUGGCCGUGUCCGUCGGCUGGAUCGUCUGCUACGUGUACCGCUUUGUGUUGCUGCGCGGCGCACUCGAACACCUACACAUGACCUCACACGACGUCUACCUUGACCUCAGCACUGUCGCCAUCUGGGAGCAGGUUCUGAAUGCACUUAUUGGGAUCAUAAUGUUCCUACUGAUCGUCAAGGCUCUUCGUUUGUUCCGUUACAACACAACUCUCGCCAAGUUUGGUCACAUCUACAAGGCUGCGUCGAAGGAACUCGUUUUCUACGCCACGCUGUUCCUCGUGCUGCUGACGGCCUAUGGUCAGAUCGGCGUGCUGUGCUUCGGUGGCGCCCCCUCUGGCGGCUUCCGCUCGUUCCCGGCGGCUCUCGGCACCCUGCUUGACGUUGUGACGCGCAACGGCGGCGUACGCCCCCUACUGGAGACGAGUCGCGUCGUCGCGCCGAUCUAUGUAGGCAGCUUCGUGACGCUGGUGUUCCUGCUGCUGAGCGCGAUGCGCGAUGCGCGAUGGUGA